AUGGCUUCCAGGGCAGCUGCUCUCAAGUCCGCCAAGAAGAAGGGCUCGCCGACCAUCAAGCAGCCGGUGAAGCAGUACUCCCUGGACGACUUGGAGCAGUCGCUGGACGAGUACAUCCGCAAAGUCGGUGUGGAGGCUGCCCUGGACUUAAGGGCUGCUACCAGUCGCUUCCGGCUACGUUUGCCGUUCGUGGUGCGGGCCUGGAAUCCUCAGGGCAGAUUGCUUUCCAGUCACGUAGAGCAAGUCAUGGUCAAUUUGGGCUGCAAGUACCACGUGUGCAAGAAGAACAAGGCGGACUUGAAAAGGUUCGGUCAGGAGUGGUCCGAUCGCUUCACCGUGAUUCUGGGUCAUCUUCGUCGUCUGCAACAGCCCAUUCGCUGGAGCCAAGCGAUUCAGAGCAUGAGCGAUCCUGGCAUCACGGUUUUGCAGGGCUUGGUGGAUUUGCUCGAGGAUGAGCUCGACCAGCCGGCAAAGAAGCAGGCAAAACCGAAGUCAAUCUUGAAGAAGCCGGAGGUGCAGAAGCCGGAGGUUCAGAAGCCGGAGGUGCAGAAGCCGAACUUUGCUUUGGUUCACGAGAUGGAGCAGGAUUGCUUGGGUGACAUCUUGCCACAGCAAGAAGAGGAGGUCCCUUUGACACAGGACUUGGUCAGCGAGCUGAGUCCCUGCGAGUCGCUGCCCAAGGUUCCCACCAGCAAGGAUCGAAUCAAGGCAGUCUGGGAGUCUGGCGAGGAUUCCGAGAAGCCUCUGAAGAAGCCGGCAGCCAAGCAGAUGAAGCGACCUGCAGCCGCCAGUACAUCCGCACCAGGCCCUGAGAGCUCGUCCAGUGCCACAAAGCUUCUCCCAAAGGGAGUUCAGUACAAGGCCACUUAUGCAACCGAGAAGUCGUACUUGCAGUAUAAGUGUCCUGCGACCGGAAAGUUUAAGCUUCUGGUCAACUGCACUAAGGGGACAAGCCGGGAUCACAAGGCUGUGAUUCGAGCCAUUCUGGAAGACAAGCCCCGCAGUGGAGAGAGGGCCCUCCAGAUGCGAAAUUUUCUUAUCGACUAG